CCAUCCAGCUCUCCCGCUCGUCUGUGCCCGAGGCGGCGGCGGCUGCCUAGUGACAGCGGCGGCGGCACCAGGCCAGCCGGAGCGGUGUAGGGUGGUGCGGCCCUGAAACGCAGACCCGGACAAAGGGCGGCGUGGCGCGAGGAAGACCCGACCCGGGUCGCGCGUGAGGGGACCUCGCGGGCGCGGGGCGAGAGUCCGGCGUGAGGGAGCGUCCAGGAGGUGGCCGCCGGCGGCUGGGUCCCGCCUGCCGCCGCCGCCGGCAUGAGCCACAUCCAGAUCCCUCCCGGGCUCACAGAGCUGCUGCAGGGCUACACCGUGGAGGUGUUGCGGCAGCAGCCGCCCGACCUUGUCGACUUCGCGGUGGACUACUUCACCCGCCUGCGCGAGGCCCGCUCCAGAGCCUCCACCCCGCCCGCCGCCCCUCCUUCCGGCUCCCAGGGUCUAGAGCCCGGCCCUGGCCUUGUCGCCGAUGCGAUCGCGGACAGCGAGUCGGAGGACGAAGAGGACUUGGACGUUCCAGUUCCUAACAGAUUUGAUCGGCGGCGAGUAUCAGUCUGUGCUGAGACCUAUAACCCUGAUGAGGAAGAGGAGGAUACUGAUCCAAGGGUGAUUCAUCCUAAAACUGAUCAACAGAGGUGCAGACUUCAGGAAGCUUGCAAAGAUAUUCUUCUUUUCAAAAAUCUUGAUCAGGAACAGCUUUCUCAAGUCCUCGAUGCCAUGUUUGAAAGGACAGUCAAAGUUGAUGAGCACGUCAUUGACCAAGGAGAUGAUGGGGACAACUUUUAUGUCAUUGAACGGGGAACCUAUGAUAUUUUAGUAACAAAAGAUAAUCAAACCCGCUGUGUUGGUCAGUAUGACAACCAUGGCAGUUUUGGAGAACUAGCUCUGAUGUACAACACCCCGAGAGCUGCUACCAUUGUCGCCACUUCAGAAGGCUCCCUUUGGGGACUGGACCGUGUGACGUUUAGAAGAAUCAUAGUGAAAAAUAAUGCAAAAAAGAGGAAGAUGUUUGAAUCAUUUAUUGAAUCUGUGCUGCUUCUUAAAUCACUAGAGGUGUCAGAACGAAUGAAGAUUGUGGAUGUAAUAGGAGAAAAGGUCUAUAAGGAUGGAGAGCGCAUAAUCACUCAGGGUGAAAAGGCUGAUAGUUUUUACAUUAUAGAGUCCGGCGAAGUGAGCAUCUUGAUUAAAAGCAAGACUAAAGCAAACAAGGAUGGUGGGAACCAAGAGGUCGAGAUUGCCCGCUGCCAUAAGGGGCAAUACUUUGGAGAGCUUGCACUGGUCACCAACAAACCCAGAGCUGCUUCGGCUUAUGCAGUGGGAGAUGUGAAAUGCUUAGUUAUGGAUGUACAAGCAUUUGAGAGGCUUCUGGGGCCCUGCAUGGACAUCAUGAAGAGGAACAUCUCACACUACAAGGAACAGCUGGUGAAGAUGUUCGGCUCCAGCAUGGAUCUGAUAGAUCCUGGGCAGUAGGUGUGCCACACCCCAGAGCCUUCUCAGUGUGACACCAAAACCUUCCAGUCAGCCACAGAACACAAACAGAAAAUGUGACAGAACCGUUCCUGCUGUUGCCACCACCACUGCCAUUGCUAUGGCUGUGGGCGUUUAGAAAACUUGGAAGUCAGCACUAAAGGAUGGGUAGAGGUUCAACCCACACCUCCACUUUGCUUCUGAAAGCCCAUUAUUAGACCACUUGUAAUGAUUACUCCAACCCAGUUUUCACAUCUUUGGUUCAAAAUGGCAUGUCUCUCCAAAAAUUUAAGUGCCUGAUACAAAGUCCAAAGUGUAAACAUCUUCCUUUCCUCUCUUGCUGCUAACUGUUGCUUUUAGAAGUUACCACAGGUUGGCACAAACCUGUUGUAUAACUGUAGACACCCUCCCCCAACCUUUUAUAGCCUUCCGUUUCCUCAUUUGUCCUUUGAGAAAGUCCACAACUGUAGCCUUUGGCUUUACCAUCAAAAAUGGUGGCAGAUGUGAUGGAGGUCUGUGGUCCUGUGGCAUUGUACUGUCUGCUGACAGUGGCACACAUGACAGCUGUCCCCAAACUCUCAGUGAUGCUUAGGGAGAGACCCUGCCCAGGGCCCAGCAGGUCAGCACCCCAAAGCACACUGAUCAGACAUCGGAACCCACGUUAGAGCAGAAAAUUUGAGUUUAGCACAUUUUACAGGUAGCAGAGAGCCAGGGAAGGUUUUCUGGGUUGGGGGCGGGGGUGUUUUAUUUUGUUUUAGUAGAUUUUGUUUUGUUUAAUCUCUGUGCAGUUUGCAUGAGUGAAUUGCUGUCCAUUUAUAAGGAGCUGGGGUCUGGGAGUGCCAUCACUGUAUCUGACCUAAAUACUUUCCUGGGCAACUCCUGCCCAUCUCUUAUUACCAGUUGCUCUUACUGAUGGCAGUGUGCUGGCAAAGAGAGACCUUUCCCUCUACUCCAGAGUUGUUAUGUAGCUUUGCUGUUGAACCAUCAAUUUUUAAACUCUUUAAAGAAGCAGCAGCUAUUUUUUUGGAAAAAAAAACCGAACUCUCUAUUUAGAGAAUUUCCCUGGACAUAUUCAUAUAUAUAUCAGUUUGUCAGCUGACUCAGGCAUUCAUCUUAAAGAUCAGCUCUUUUUGUUAGUUUUUAAAAAUCAGCAUCAUUUACAAUUUCAUAGAAUUACUGCAAAGACCUUUCUAAUUAAGAUGUUGGGAUGGGCUUCCCUGGUGGCGCAGUGGUUGAGAGUCUGCCUGCCAAUG